CGCCUACUGUGCAGAGUGAGACUGGGGACCUCAACUUGUUGUGUGUCGCCGUACUCGGAGUUUUGUUGCUCAGUCUAUGGACUCCUUCAGCACUCGUUUCCCACAAGGGAAAAGGACACAAUCUGUGAAAUGAGGCUUCGAAUGGACUGCAGCAAAAUGCCUCCUAGUCUGAUGUUCGGUUUCUUUGUUUCUCUCCUUCAGUCUGGUUUCACCCAAACAAAUCCCAAUCGUGUUUAUAUUUUGGAUAAGGCAGAUAAUAUUCUGUUACGUGGACCACACAAUCCUGGAAAUGGCCCUGUUGCCUGGGAUUGGAAACCACAAUGUGGGCAAGGAAUCCAGCGAAUGGUGACUUUUUUUAAAGAAAGAUCCAGCUGGUGGACCCCACACUGGGAAGAAAACUUCAGAUACAAUGUCUUUUUCCAUUAUAUGGUCAAUGAAUAUGGCACUAUUCAGCUGAGAAUUGAAUAUCCCACAUUUCAAUUUGCAGGAUCUGUCAUAUUGGCACAAACACAGCCGAGUUACAAAAUCCUCAAAGAGUACAGAAUAUUUGGGAUCAAAGUUGAGGUAAGUCCACGGCAGCCUGCGGGGGGCAGUGACGUCACACUCAGCUGUACCAUCUCCAGACUCCCAGAUACAGUCAGUCUUCAGUGGGAACGAAAGGUCUCGUCCCAGCAGAACAGGAGGGACACUGAUCAGAUCCGCCUGAAUAACACGGUCUAUCUGAUGGUCCGACACGUUACCGUGGAGGAUGGGAAGUUGUACGUGUGUCAAGUGCGGGAAAACGGAGACAUUGUUCGCACAAUAGAAGCAGAUUUUACUGUAGAGCCAAAUUUAUAUCGCCAGAGCUACACACUUUAUCGCUCAGCCACAAAUGGCAGUGAACUCCACCUCAUCUGUUAUAGUCGUGCUACUGAUUACGACCUCGCUACCUGGACCUGGGACUCACAUCUUCAUCAAAGUCCGAGGGAAGCAAUCGCAAAGGCAUGGAAAUUUCAGACCAUGAAUGUCACCGGGAGCCACUUUGUGAAUCGACUGGAGCCCACAGUGACACAUUUUAACAGCAGGAAUUUCAGUAUGAGGAUUUUCCCUCUGGUGUUUGAGGAUGCGGGAGUUUACCUCUGUACUCUGGAUACAAGUGCAUUUGUCACUGUCACACUAAUCACAGUUAAAGUCACAGCUGAACCAGCUGCUGCAGUGACCGAGGGAGACACUGUCACCCUGACCUGCUCUGUGUCUGACGUCACUGAACCAAUGAGACUGGUUUGGAUCAAUGGUGAUGGUGAAACUGUUGGAGAAAAGUCACUGAAUGGGGAAGAGAAAUCACUGAGUCUGAUGAUAGAUAAAGCUGACAGAGGCAAAGGGAACUGGACGUGUGGUUUGUUUUGUCAAAAUAGACUCCAGCUUUCAGUCCCGUACAAUGUGGAAUUCAGAGAUACUCUUCUGUCAAAUAACACCAAUGUUGUUAUUAUUGGAAGUCUGGUUCUUCUGCUCAUCAUUAUCCUGGGAGUGGUGCUAUGUUUGAAAAAGUGCAAGAGUAAAGAUUCAGGAAAUCAAAAACAGAAGCCUCCGCAAACAGGGGGAAAUACAGAAGAAGCAUCCCAUCUUUAUUCAAAUGCUACUGAAAUUCAGCAAAUGCAAGGAGAUGAGACACCAGUACCUGAGACCAGUCAUAUUGCUGAAUAUAUGUCUGUCAAUGGAAAGUCAAAGCAAGAAGACACAAAGGAAGCUAUUCAUUAUGGGUCUAUAUCCUUUAAGAAAACAUCAGGUAGCAGACAUGACAUGCAGUGCAGUAACCAAUCAUCAGAUGCUAAUAUUGCUGCUUCAGAUGGUGAUGAUUUCGUUGUCUAUGCACAAAUAGCAAAACCAACAUAUGAAUAAACCGAUGAGAAUACAAAGAAAGAUUUUGGAAUUGUAUAUUUUUGGGAAUUAAAAUCUUUCCCUUGGAAAUGUUCUGUAACCUUUUUUCAUGGGAAUCUGUGCUGAUCUAACAAUUCUAAAAUGGACUUUUCAAGCCUCAACUUAUGACAAAUGUCUUAGAAGAGGGAAUUGGUUCUUGAGUUUGAACAUCUUUUCACAACUUUUGAAGAUACUAUGUAAAUAUAUUGAACAUUGCCAGUAAUUUUGCUAUUGGCUCAACAAAUAUUUAAAAUUUCCAACAUUGUAUGGUUUGAGCAUUAACAACGCAGGUUGUCAGUGGUGAGGCAGUGCAGUAUAUUUUGGGAUACUGUGCUAUUUACUUUGUCACACUGGAGAGCAAAUAGUGCAAAAUCACCUGAAGAUUAUUCCCCUGACCAACCUUAGAAGUGGCUCUAAUUGACGAGGUUGCCAUAUGUAAUUUGCAAGGUAAAAUAAGGAAGGAGCACAGCUGCCCAAAAAUUAUCAACUAUCCGCAUAGCUCAGUGUUGAUGCUACUUGGAAGGCUGAUGCUAUUUUCAGCUUCCCAUGGGUACCAACGAAAAAGGGCAACUGGCAGAAUGAGAAAGGCAACAUAACAUUCAAGUGCCAGCCUGUAAAACAAAAAUGAUCAGAUGUUGUCAUUAAUUAAAUAUAAGUAAACCAAUUUCCAUUUUAUUUCUAGGGUCUAAAAACUUAAAUAAGACACAGAGAAAUUAAAAAAUGUCUUCUAAAAUAGCACCUCUCUAAAAGUAUGAUUAUAUGUGUGUUUUUUCUUUACAAGGUAAUAAUUUUGAGUGUUGUGUUUUCACAUUUUUUGAAGAUGUUGUUCAACAUUUUGCCAGUUAGAAUGUCUUCGAUAUUUGUAAAACAGAGAAUGAGUCAAAAGGCACACUUACAAGGAAAACAAGUUCAAAGGCUUGACUA